AUGACAUAGUUACCAAAACUCAUCUAGGAAAAUAUAUUAUUUGAAUGUAGAGGUAAAAAAUUUAUCAUUAUAAAGACUUAAAGUAAUAGUCAUAAGAUAAUAUAAUUUUUGAUAAAAUCAUGAAAAGUAUAAAAAUACAUACAUAUAGAGGUUUCGUCCUAAAAGUUGGUCCAACCAAUUAGUAUACAUAUCACAACUCAUAAGAAUAAAAUAUUAAGGGUUCCAACUUGUAUUUAUAAAUAUAUGUGAUUGAAAAAUUAAAAUUCACGAUUGAAUUUAGUUAUAAAGAUGAAGUAUAGAUUUAUAUAAUUUAUACAGUCUUAUCAAAUAAUUGUGAGUCCAAAUUUUCAAUAAGCAUAUUCGAAAAAUAAAAAUGAAGUGAAAAUAUCAAGUGCAUUCAUAUUAACAAAUAAAUGGAUCAGUUUAGGAUUUGAUGUAGAUAGUUUUUUUAAAUUUGGAGAAAUGUAAUUGAAAAUGUUAAGUAUACAAUCUCUUUGUAGAUUAAAAAAAAUUUAUGAAUCUAAUAUUGUGAGUAAAUUAAAGUAAUAAUAUUUUAUAAAAAAGUGAUGGUUAAUGUAUUAUUUAAAAGAUUUGCGAAAAAAGAAUAUUGGAAUUAUUACCUCUAAGUAUUAGAGCUUAAUCAGAAAAAUUAGAGAUUAGAAAAAAUUAAUUAACAAAUUAAAUAAGACGAUAAUCAACUAUUUCUAAUUCUUAAGAGAGGAAUAUUUAGAGCCAAUCUGAUAAAAAAUAAUUUUAAUCUAAAUAAAUGAAUUUAAUAUUAUAAGAGUAAACAAAAUAAAGCAACUUAAAUGGAUUAAAAGUGAAGUCAAUUUCACAUGCCUAAAACUAAAGAAAAUUCAUAUAAAUAUAAAAUUGUAAAAAUACUUAAAUGAAUAAAUUACAAUAGUAAAUAAAACCACUUGUAUUUGAAUAAAUAUCUACAUAAUCAAAUUAAAUUUAAGAACAAUAAUAAAUACUUAAAUAAUAAUAAUAACUAUUGUUAUCAAAUUCUAGCAGAUCAAAGUAGAUAAAUCAUUAAACAGGUGUAUCUCUUACAAAAUAAUUAUCAUAAGAAUGUUUACUAGGGAAGACAAUCUAAUUAGCAACAGGAUUAUAGGUUAUUGAGGAAGUUAAUUCUACAAAGCCUCCUAUAAAUUCAAAAACCAGUUCAUCCACUUAAGUCAAGUUAUAAAAAAAGGCUGUAUAAAGUUUUUUAAGACAUAAUCAAGAGUUUUAAAAUGGAAGUAAUUAUACACAUGACACUUAUGAUGAAGCAAAAAUAGAACAAGAUUAAAAACAUAAAAUAUCUUAAGAAAGCUCUGGAGUUAAAGAUUUGUAUUAUGAAUGCGAUAAUUCUGAAUAUUAAACAAAAUAUGGAAAAUUUUCUAAUACUUUUACUCGUCCUCUGGGGUUAUCGUCCUAUAAUCAUAAAUUAGUUUCUCAAUAAUCCACUUAAUAGAACUAAGGAAGUACAAAUGAAUAUUUUUACUUGAGUAGCUAAUAAAUUGAAUAAAAUUAAAGUGCAAAUUAAACUGCAAAUGAAAUUGAAGAAUAGAUAGAAGCUCCAGAACUAAAAAGUAAAAUGACUGAGGAAAGUUUUAAUUCUAUAAAUGGUCUAUAAAUUAAGUAAGAAGAUAGUUAAGAAGAACUAGUAGUUUCAAAAUUCGAAUGA